AUGAAAUUAAUUCGCCACUCAUCAUAUCUUCCUUACAUCGAGCAGGAACAGCAUGAUGUACAAGAUGUCUUGACAGCCCCUCUCCCCGAACUUUCCUUCCUGUCAAAAUUGGAUGACAUUAGAUCAUAUGAAGACCUGUGGAAUUUCAGCAUCAACAGGAGUGAUGAAUUUUGGGAGAUCAUGGGUCGCAACAGGCUGCAUUGGUUCCAGCAGUUUGGGAAGAUAUCAGAAUGUGAUAUGCAGCAGGGAAAGUUUUGCUGGUUCAAAGGAGGAAAGCUUAAUGCUGCAUACAACUGUGUUGAUCGCCAUGUCAAGAUAGACCCAGACAAAAUAGCUCUCAUUUGGGAGAAGGAUGAACCUGGUCAGCAUGAGAAAAUUACUUAUAAACAACUCUACACAAUGAUGGGCCAGAUAGCCAAUGUCCUGAAAAAGUCAGAUGUAAAGAAAGGUGACCGUGUGGUCAUUUAUAUGCCAAAUUCACCUAUGGCAGUAGCCAGCAUGCUUGCUUGUGCUCGUCUUGGUGCCAUUCACUCUGUCAUCUCUGCAGGAUUCAGUCCAAAAGCUGUUGCCCAACGAGUCAACAAUGCAGGGGCAAGAGUCAUUAUCACAACAGAUCAGGCUCCUAGAGGAGGAAAGACAAUUGAAUUGAAGAAGAUGGUAGAUGAAGCUGUGGAGAUGUGUCCACUUGUCUCAACUAUUCUUGUCUCAACAAGAACUGGGUCUCAAACUCCACUAGACCCCAAACGGGAUGUUAAGCUUGAGGAGACCAUGGAAAAGGAGUCAGAAGACUGUAUGUCUGAGAUGAUGGACAGUGAAGAUCCUCUGUUCUUGUUAUACACAUCUGGCAGCACUGGAUCACCAAAAGGCUUAGUACAUACUCAUGCAGGAUACCUCCUUUAUGCAUCUCUCACACAACAGGCAAUCUGUCAGAAGCAUCUUCUUGCAAACAUGGAUAUAAAUCUUUCUAUGGUGUUCAACCAUGGGGAGAAUGAUGUCUUUGGAUGCAUGGCAGACAUUGGUUCAAUCACAGGGCAUAGCUAUGUUGUCUACGGUCCCCUUUGCAAUGGUGCUACAACAGUGCUCUUUGAGAGUACCCCAACUUAUCCAAAUCCAGCUCGCUACUGGGAGACAGUUGGAAGGCUGAAAAUUAACCAGCUUUACACAUCUCCUACUGCCAUUCGUCUUCUAUUGAAAUAUGGUGGCAAGUGGGUUCAUGGACAUGAUCUCUCAUCCCUUAAGGUUCUGGGUUCUGUUGGAGAGCCUAUCACUCAUGAAGCAUGGCUUUGGUACUACCAUGUUGUUGGAAAGGAGAAGUGUCCAGUUGUUGACACAUGGUGCCAGACAGAGACUGGUGGAAUUUGCAUAGCCCCUCAUCCAGCUAGCCCUGCAGCACCCAUUAUUCCAGGUGCUGCCAUGAGACCAUUUUUGGGCACACUUCCAUGUGUCAUUGAUGAAGAGGGUCAUGAAGUGGAAGGCAACAAUGUCACAGGAGCACUCUGCCUAAAGAAGCCAUGGCCUGGAAUUGCACGCACCAUCUAUGGUUCUCAUGAGAAAUACAUGAACUCAUACUUCAAACAAGUGCCUGGUUAUUACUAUACAGGUGAUAGAGUACGAAGGGAUGAGAGUGGAUUCUAUCAUAUCACUGGAAGAUUGGGUGAUGUCAUCAAUGCAUCCAGUCAUCAUUUAUCAACAGCUGAAGUUGAAGAUGUUUUG